UGGGGCGGGCCCUGAGCGGAGGCCAGACCCCCGCGCGGUCCACCUUAAGGGCCGCGCUGACAUCACCGCGCUGCCGCCGCUGCCGCCGGCAGGGGGGUGGGAUUUCCUCCUCCUCAGCCGCCGCCGCCGCCGCCGCGGGUCCUGCGCUUCUCCCGGCCGCCCCGCCCCGCCCGACCCCGGCCCGACCCCGGCCCGACCCGGGCCGGCCCCGCCCGUCCGGCCCCGGGGAGGGAUGCGGCGGCGCGGCGCGCAGGAUGCCCCGCAGCCCCGGGACGCGCCUCAAACCCGCCAAGUACAUCCCGGUGGCCACGGCCGCCGCGCUGCUGGUCGGCUCCAGCACCCUGUUCUUCGUGUUCACGUGUCCAUGGUUGACAAGAGCUGUGUCACCAGCCAUCCCAGUCUACAAUGGCAUCAUCUUUCUCUUUGUCCUGGCCAAUUUCAGCAUGGCCACCUUCAUGGACCCUGGCGUCUUCCCCCGAGCGGAUGAGGAUGAGGACAAGGAGGAUGACUUCCGGGCCCCCUUGUACAAGAACGUGGACGUGCGGGGCAUCCAGGUCCGGAUGAAGUGGUGUGCCACCUGCCACUUCUACCGCCCGCCGCGAUGCUCCCACUGCAGCGUCUGUGACAACUGUGUGGAGGACUUUGACCACCACUGCCCCUGGGUCAACAACUGCAUUGGGCGUCGCAACUACCGCUACUUUUUCCUGUUUCUGCUGUCACUCAGUGCACACAUGGUGGGCGUUGUGGCCUUUGGCUUGGUCUACGUGCUGAACCACUCGGAGGGGCUGGGGGCCACCCACACCACCAUCACCAUGGCUGUCAUGUGUGUGGCCGGCCUCUUCUUUAUCCCUGUCAUCGGCCUCACUGGCUUCCAUGUGGUACUGGUUACUCGGGGACGCACCACCAACGAGCAGGUGACAGGGAAGUUCCGAGGGGGUGUCAACCCCUUCACCCGAGGCUGCUACGGGAAUGUGGAACACGUGCUGUGCAGCCCUCUGGCACCCCGGUAUGUGGUGGAGCCACCCCGACUGCCACUAGCAGCUCGGCUGAAGCCACCUUUCUUUCGACCGGAGCUCCUGGAGCGAGCUGCACCACUCAAGGUCAAACUUAGUGACAACGGGCUGAAGUCUAGCCUGGGCCACAGCAAGUCUAAGGGCAGCCUGGACCGACUUGAUGAAAAACCACUGGACCUGGGGCCCCCACUGCCCCCGAAGGCAGAGGCCAGCACAUUUAUCAGCGACCGGCAAACUCCACGGCCAACCAGUGCUGAGAGCACUCUGUCAGUGCAGAGGACCAGCCCCCCAACGCCAGCCAUGUACAAGUUCCGCCCUGCUUUUCCCACUGCUCCCAAGACUCCCUUCUGUGGACCUGGGGAGCAGGUCCCUGACUCCCUGACGCUGGGGGAAGACAGCAUCCACAGCCUGGACUUCGCGUCAGAGCCCAGCCUGGACCUCCCUGAUUAUGCACCCGGGGGCCUGCACACAGCCUACCCACCGUCCCCACCGCUUAGCGCCGCUGACACCUUCUCAGGGGCCUUGCGCUCACUCAGCCUCAAGGCCACAGGCCGAAGGGGUGGGGACCACAUGGCACUACAGCCCCUGCGCUCCGAGGGGGCACCCCCUACACCCCACCGAAGCCUUUUUGCCCCCCACGCACUGCCCAACCGCAAUGGCAGCCUGUCCUACGACAGCCUGCUGAACCCCAGCUCGCCCGGGGGCCACGCGUGCCCGGCCCACCCCUCAGCCAGUAUGGCUGGCUACCAUUCACCCUACCUGCACCCAGGGGUGCUUGGCGACCCACCUCGGCCACCGCCCCGCAGUUUCAGCCCUGUCCUGGGUCCCCGGCCCCGGGAGCCCUCCCCUGUGCGCUACGACAACCUGUCCAGGACCAUCAUGGCCUCCAUUCAGGAGCGGAAGGACAGGGAGGAGCGAGAGCGGCUGCUGCGCUCUCAGGCUGACUCACUCUUCGGGGACUCCGGGGUCUACGACGCACCCAGCUCCUACAGCCUGCAGCAGGCCAGCGUGCUGUCAGAGGGGCCCCGUGGGCCCGUGCUGCGCUAUGGCUCCCGUGAUGACCUGGUGGCCGGACCUGGCUUUGGCGGUGCCCGCAACCCAGCACUCCAGACCUCCAUGUCCUCUCUGUCCAGCGCCGUGAGCCGGGCACCUCGGACCUCCUCCUCCUCCCUGCAGGCAGACCUGGCCAACAACAACGCCCCAGGACCCCGGCCCAGCAGUGGCUCGCACAGGUCGCCGGCACGCCAGGUGCCACCCUCCCCGCCUGGCACUCCUCGCUCACCCUCCUACAUGGGUCCCAAAGCUGUCGCCUUCAUCCACACAGACCUCCCGGAGCCGCCGCCCUCGCUGGCCAUGCAGAGGGACCACCCUCAGCUGAAGACCCCCCCAAGUAAGCUUAAUGGGCAGUCCCCUGGCCUGGCCCGCCUGGGACCUGCCGCUGGCCCCCCAGGACCCAUCGCCAGCCCCGCCCGGCACACACUUGUUAAGAAAGUGUCCGGUGUGGGUGGGACCACGUACGAGAUCUCGGUGUGAGGACUGACUGCCACCCCUCCAAUGUGGCGCCACAGGGACCAGGAACCCCAGCCUCAGUCCCCUCACUGUCCCAGGAGAGGAGAAGGCUUAGGCCUGGUACGGAUCCAACAGCAGGAGAGCAAGCUGAGCCUCCAAGAGCCGGUUCUCUCAUGCCUGCCCCCCACCCAGCCGCCUGUUCAGUGGGGGUUGGGCAGGCCAAGGGCUGCGGGGUUUGUACAGGUGCCCUGCACCGUGGAGGGGACAGCUGAGGGGCCUGGACCACAUCUGCAUGGAUUGCCCCUGUGCCCCCACCCCAGGUUGUCACCAUUCCCAUCCCUACCUUCUCCCCUUACAGUUGGGUCCACAGGCCUGAGCUCAUGGGCCUCUCCUGGACUGAGGACCCCACUGCCCCAACCCCUCCUAACCCAUUGCCUUUCAGGGACCCACUGGAAGCUUGUAGCUCAGCAAGGCCUAUUCUUCUGUGGGGAGCCCCACCCCAGCCUGCUCUGACAGAGCUCUGACAGAUGGCCAGCCAGCCAGCCAUGGGUGGGGUCCCAGCUCCGUGUGUCCCGUCUUUCCCCAUUGGUGGGCUCGUCCCCAUGUCUGUGCGCUGAGCUGCCAUGCCAUGUCCCCUGUGUUCAUACUCGGGCCCCCUCAGGCCCCAUCCCCUGGGGACCACCUUGCUUUCAUUGAAGCCUUAACCUCUCAGCUUUAUGCUCUUGUGGGAGGCGAUGGGGGCGGGAGCCAGCACAGGGCUCAGCACUGCCACGGGGCCAAUGGAUGAGGCUCUGUUCUCCUUGCUAGACUGGAGGUCUAAUCCCCCCACACACACCCUGCAGUUUGGGUCUGGCCCCGGGGACCCUUGGCACCCACUCAGGGGAGGGGGUGUCAGAGUUGCACCCAGCGCCAGGGGCCCGAGAGUAAGCACACGGCAGCGUCCGCUUGCGUUGUGUCCGUUUUAUGUUUUUAUAUCUACAUCUAUAUAUAAUUUUAUUAAAAAAAAAAAAAGAAAAAGA